AAGUACACUGCUAUUGGACUACUGGGCAAAGCUACUGAUACACUAGACGCUACGGGAAAAGUAACUGAAGAAAAACCUUAUGACCAGGUAACAAAAGGAGAUCUUGAAAAUGUGCUGCAAAAGUUCACAGGGGACAUAAUGCAAGUUCCUCCACUCUAUUCUGCUUUGAAGAAGGAUGGAGAAAGGCUAUCAACUCUGAUGAAGAGAGGAGAAGCAGUCGAAGCAAAGCCUGCUCGGCCAGUAAGAGUGUACAGCCUCUCUCUCCAACAGUUCCAGCCACCACUGUUCACACUGGAUGUUGAAUGUGGUGGUGGCUUCUAUGUCAGGAGCCUGGUCAGUGACAUUGGCAAAGAACUCUCUACCUGUGCCACUAUGCAAGAGCUGACCCGAACCAAACACGGGCCAUUUACGCUAGAGGAGCAUGCCCUUUAUGAAGACAAAUGGACAAUUGAUGAAAUUGCACGAUCCUUAGAGCAUUGCACGUCUCUUCUCCCAGGAGAGCCAUCUCAUAAAAAAUUGAAGACAGAGCAUCAUGGUGAAACUGCUAUGAGCUGUGAAGAUAAGUGAUAAGUUGGGUCAAGGAAAAAGACUGAAUGAUUGAGACAUUUUAAGAUUGGAUUGGAAUUGUCUUGCCUCCUGUGUAAAUCUACAAGUCUGUACUGUGAGGGUGAAAAACAACAGUGCAAGAAAAAUGGUUCUUUUGUUUUCUGGGGUUGCAGAACAUGCACUGAAAAUAUCCAGUGCUUGCUGUUUCUUGAUCUGUUUAUUUCUCCUUGUACACUGUAAAUGCGUCUGCCACUAUGUAAAAUGUUCUUAAACUUUUAAAGAAUUUGUAGGGUACAAUAUAGCUGUUGUUGCUAUUUCUUCAAUAAAAAGAUUAUAAAC